CAGCAACUUCUGCACUUGGCAAAAGAAACUUAAACAACACCAAGAAAGGAGAUACACUCUGGGACCACGCGCUCAUGAUGUCUGGGGACGAUAUGUGGGACGGUAACCCAUCCCUCAACACCGUCAUAGGUCUAGCGUGGGUGUCGGGGAUGUGUCACCCGAGAUAUUCUUGCACCAUCAACGAGGGCACGAGCUUCGAGUCUGUUUACGUCAUAUCACACGAGAUGGGACACAACCUGGGUAUGUCACACGAUGGAGCCAAACCUGAUGAGAACAGCUGUGACGGCAACAAGUACCUGAUGUCCGCCAUGACCGGACCAGGCAAGGUUCUGGUCCAGGUGCUCCAACAAAGAAGUAAAGGAGUUUUUUAAAUAGUAAGUUUAUGAUG